AUGGAAUCGUCAAAAGAACUCAAUCUGGUCGAAUUCUCGGAUAAUGGCCAAACCCUCGCGCGUGAUCCUCGUUUUGAAGUCACCUGGGAAACGACAGAUCAACAAAAUCCUCGGGCAUGGUCGGUUUGGUACAGGAGUUUCAUUGUCGCUUCUAUGUCCUUUUCAACCACCAUAGUAGUCAUAUAUACUACGAUGUACACAUCGGGGGUUGAGGGAAUGCAAGAAUCAUUCAACGUUUCAUCCAAAAUUGUUGUGCUUUUGGGGCUGACCACAAAUCUCUUUGGCCUGGCCAUCGGCUCUGUUGUUCUUUCAUCGCUGUCAGAGAUAUACGGUCGGAGGCCAGUGUACUUGAUAUCUGUGCUUUUGUUUGGUCUCUUGAUUGUACCUGUGGCUCUGGCGAAAAAUAUCGAAACAGUGCUGAUCAGUCGAUUUUUCGGGGGAUUUUUCGGGGGUGUCAUGAUCGCGAGCGCACCUGGAAGUGUUACUGAUGUGACUGACGAUCAAUACCGUGCCCUUGCUCUAAGUUGCUGGAGCCUUGGUACAAUGAACGGUCCUGUCCUAGGUCCAAUCAUAGGCGGUUUUGUCUUUCAAUAUCUUGGAUGGCGCUGGAUAAACUGGCUUGUCCUAAUUUGCACGGGAGUAUCAUUGGCCUUGAUGUUUUGUGUCAAGGAGACAUAUGCACCUUCUCUUCUACGAAAUAAAACCAAACAGGUUCGGUCGGAUUCUGGUGACCAGCGGUGGUGGUGUCGCCAUGACCACCAAGAAACAGGUCUUCGAAUGCUCAAGUCUAACUUGAUCAGGCCAGUUCGUAUGAUCGUUUCAGAGCCGAUCUGCGUCUUUUGGAACCUCUAUGUGGGAGUCGUCUAUGCCGUGCUGUUCCUUUGCUUUGUGGCAUAUCCCAUAGUAUUCGAAGACAUGCGUGGCUGGAAACCUGGUUUUGCAGGGCUUAGCUAUUGUGGCAUCGGAGCCGGCACUGCGAUUGCAGUGAUGCUAGAGCCACUGAUACGCAAGAUCAUCGCAAUGCAUCCGAAUGACCCACAUACUGGCAAACCAACACCGGAAGCUGCUGUAUUCGCAGUAUGUGUCGGAAGUGUACUUAUUCCGGUUGGAGAACUUUGGUUUGCGUGGACCGCAAAGCCAUCUGUUCAUUGGAUUUGUCCGAUCCUUGCCGGAUUGCCUUUCGGUCUUGGGAACGGUCUGACUUUUAUCUACGCAACCAACUAUAUGGCCGGAAGCUAUACUGUCUACGCUGCUUCGGCCCUAUCUGGAAAUUCUAUCAUCCGUUACGGGCUGGCUGGUGUGCUGCCCCUUGCUGGCUCGAAAAUGUAUUCCACGCUGGGGCCGAACUGGGCUGGAACGAUGUUGGCUCUAAUUGAGUUUUCUUUGAUCCCAAUCCCUUUUUUCUUCUAUAAGUAUGGUUAUAAGAUCAGACUGAGAAGCCCCAUGAUUGUACACAGAAACAAAGGAAUCCAUUGA